GUUUCGUUGUUUUGAAAAUACAUGGAAAACGCCGAAUUACACUGUUCUGACGGUGUUCUUUUCUUUUCAGAGAGCUUGUGGUAAAAUUGAAAAAAUGGCAACGACGUUGUCAGUUGUUCAUUUCAUCUUGAUCAUUGGAUUUGGAGGCGUGGCAUUCUUGAUAUUAUUCAUCUUUGCGAAGCGACAGAUAAUGAGGUUUGCUCUGAAGUCGCGGAGAGGUCCUCAUGUUUCUGUUGGUCACCAUGCACCAAAAGCACUUAAGAAAGAGAUUGAAAGACGAAUGGACAGAAUCCAAGAAAUUAAACAUGAACCACAUAUGCUACGAGCUAAUGACUACAGAUACAGAUUUCUACAGGGCGAGAACCCUACAGGAGAAACUAUAACAUAUAUUUACCGUAUGAAAGCAGUUGAUGCUGUGUCUUUGCUCGAUGAGCAGCUGGAAGAGCUAGAUUUACGUAGACAGCCAGGUUACAGUGUGAGAGAACACUUAUUAGAUCUAAGAGAAGGCAUUGUAGCACCCUUAAAACUUGCCAAGCCAUCAUUAUUAAGAGCAUUUGCUGAUAGUUAUGAACAUGCUAGACAUGGGUUCAAGCCAUUUGGUGAAUCAGAAUACAUUCGUUAUAUGGGACUUCUCAAUGAAAUUUUAUUGUGCAUUCGAAAACACAUUGAGAGUCAGGGAGAAACAGGGACUGUGAAGCGGCGGAAGACAGACAGUGGUGUUAAUAUAGGAGAUAGCAGUUCCAUUAUGGAAAGAACAUAUGUAUCAAUAUCAGGGUCAUCUACUAAAGACAAAAAAGAAUUCAUCAAGAUGGGAGUUAUCAACAAUGAAAGCUGUGCUUGAUUGAGAACAACUGCAAUAUGUUGUUGCAUUGAUACAGUAUAAACAGUUCCCUACGCAAUGCUGCACCUGUCACUCUGUAUUUUUGGUAAUAAAAUUACCAGAGGGAGUGUAAUGAAUAGACAGAAGUCAAAGAACAAAAGUGAUUUUGAUGUAUUUUUGGGGUCUUGCCAAAAUGGUUCUUGUGUGCCUAUAUUUGACAUGCACUCGAAAAUAUGGUUGUACAAUGACAUAAUUCCUGGAUACUCCAACUAUCUUUAUUUUGUGCCUUUUAAAAUAAUUAUAAUUAACCAAAGUUAGCUAUAAGUAGUGAUCCAUAUGAUUCGUUUCCUCAAAUAUAAAAUCUCUGCUCUCAUAGAUAUCAAAGAGUAACCAUCAAGGCUGGUCUGAACUCGCACAAUGAAUCAUGAAUAUUCAAGUUGAACAUUAUUCAGCUUUUAAAGCGCGGCUUCACAAUCCCAGGAUUGCACCAGUUCAUCAUGGGAAAUAUAAUUUGCAUUUCAUCAUGGGAAAUAUAAUUUGCAUUUCAUCAUGGGAAAUAUAAUUUGCAGUUCAUCAUGGGAAAUAUAAUUUGCAUGGUACGCCCAGUUGUUUACUUGGUACACAGCUGUUAUCAUUCCAGUCGAAGGUGUUAAUUUCAUACAGUAACAUCUUGCAUUACGCUAUUAUCCGAUUUGAAAGAACUUACUGAAUCGCGUUCAACGCUCACAAGGCCCACACAAUCUUUUAAAAGCAGUUUUCUGGGUUUGUUUCGCUCAUAGUCAACUGUAAAGCACAACUUCAGUAAACCUUUGGUGUUAUGGCAUUGUGAGGUUCUCAAUGUGUCUCUCAAUUGAGCUCAUGCAAAUGAUAACAUCCAUCUGUGCAAUCUGAGUUGGCAAAAUUUGUAAAAAUGACUCACAAAUUUCAAAAGGUCGGUGCUCAUACAUGUGAACUGUUCAUUGAGGGAUAGUUUAAAAAUAGGGGCAUGUUUUCUAUCAAGGAAUUUUAGCAAAAUUAUUGACAAUACUCACUCGAUGCCUUCAAAGAAUGAUGGAAAAUGAAACUACUCAUGCAUUUAGGGUUAGUUUUCAGAAAGGAAGAGCUCAAUAAUUAUUUUAUUAUAAAUAAACUACAGUUGUAAGUAAUUUCAUGUAUGGUAACUAUAAUAAAUGCAAUAUGGUAGCA